CAUGACAUUGUAUUGCAUUGCAUUUCUUUCCCCUAUCUCUUUCCCUUUCUCAUUUCAUUCCUUUCGUCUCCUCCAUUUCCUCACCAUACCUUUCCACACUGGAAAUCCUAUUCAAACCCUUGUGGAAGACUCUUUUAUUUUUUUUAUUGUCCUUCUACUCCCCCUUCACGCAUACACUGACACUCUCUCGUUGUUUUCUAGAACUCCUUUAUUUUCAUCUUCGAUCGUACAGCCGUAAAAAAAGAAGACGAGAGUAUGACUUCCUUAACUCAUUCGACAUCCUCAACAAGCUCUUUGGAUGUCCCAAUGCUUGUGCCGCUGACCGAAUUGCCCGAGACCGCGCAGAUCACGCUCAGCGAGAAACCGAGGCUCAUCAACGUCACUCACCAGAUUCCUUACGCAUGCACUAUCAUCGAUCGAUCCAAUGCUUCGUCGGGGACUACAACUAUGGGCACCAGCAUUGGCUCACCCACCAACAGGCGCGCCUCCAUGGCAAUCCCUCGCCAUCCCGCCGCGUCUUCUCCCCUUGAAAUUGAAGGCCAUUCAUCGCCUGGGCUUCUGAACGCAUCCGGAAGCCAUUCAUCCCAAGCUGGUGUUGGCGGCACCGCAGGAGGAGAGCCCAUUUUACUGGCAGACGGAGACUGUAUCCUUGAUCCAAGGAGGGGCCAUUCGGCCAUGUAUUCUGGAAUCAAGUCACUAGAGAAGGAUCUCGAGACUAUCCAGAUUGGAUGGGUGGGUGAACUAGCAGAUCAGGACGGAUAUGUGGUUCCAUGCAAGAGCCUAAGUGAAAAGCACAAGCAAAAUAUUAAAGAGAAAUUGUGGCAAAAAGAGAAGGUUGUCCCCAUUUUCUUGGACGACAGCCGCGCGGCUGGUCAUUAUGAAGGAUUCUGCAAGACUGUUCUCUGGCCAUUAUUCCAUUACAUCCUUUGGGAGAAGGCGACGGAUGGUCGUGUCGAGAAGAAAAAUUGGGACGACUAUGUCUUUGUGAACCAGCAGUUCGCAGAUGCAAUUGUUGAACAGUAUCAGCCAGGUGACAUUGUUUGGAUUCAUGACUAUCAUUUAUUGCUUGUGCCACAUCUAUUGCGUCAGAAGUUGCCAGGGGCUGCUAUUGGUGUCUUUAUUCAUGCGCCUUUCCCUUCAUCAGAAAUUUUCAGAUGCCUUCCCAAGCGUGUCGAGGUCUUGAACGGUCUUUUAGGUGCAAAUCAGAUCGGAUUUCAGACAUAUUCAUAUGCACGUCAUUUUAUCAGCUGCUGCACUCGCGUUAAUGGCUAUGAGUCUACGCCACGUGGCGUAGAUGCUAUGGGAUCAACGGUUUGGGUAGGAACAUUCCCCAUUGGAAUCGAUGCGGAGCGAGUUGAACGCCAACGCAAGGCUCCUGGUGUUUUGCCGAAGAUAGAGGCUCUUCGUAAGACAUAUAAAGGAAAGCGCAUUAUUGUAGGCCGCGACAAGCUGGAUUUAGUCAAGGGUGUCCAACAAAAGCUUCAUGCAUUUGAAAAAUUCUUGAAUGAUUAUCCUGAGAUGCAAGGCGAAGUUGUCUUGAUCCAAGUUACUUCGCCACCUUUGGUCGAGAACCCUAAAUUGGAAGCCAAGAUUGCGGAAUUGGUUGCUCACAUCAAUGGAACGUAUGGUUCGCUUAACUUCACGCCCGUCCAUCAUUAUCACCAGCACAUCGAUCGUGAUGAGUAUUAUGCUCUCUUGUCAGUUGCCGAUAUUGGUUUAAUCACUUCGGUCAGGGACGGCAUGAACACAACUUCGCUGGAAUACAUCAUGUGCCAGAAGGAGAACCAUGGUCCUCUCAUUUUGAGCGAGUUUACGGGAACUGCAGGAAGUCUGGGUGGAGCAUUGAUGGUCAACCCGUGGGACUAUCAGGGUGUUGCUCGCGUCAUCUAUGAUGCUCUGCAUCUCAGUGAGGAAGACAAACGUGCUCGCCAUAGUCAACUCCAUAACCAUGUCCUUUCUCACACGGCUCAAUACUGGGCUAAGAAUUUCAUUUCGGAGCUUAUUCUGAAUGCCAGCACCUGGGAUCAAUCGACUCCUACACCUUAUCUUGAUCUUAACAUUAUUACUGACAAGUAUCGCAGUGCCAAAAAGCGUCUGCUUAUGUUUGAUUAUGAUGGUACACUGACCCCCAUCCGCAAGACUCCCGGUGCGGCAGUUCCUCAGGAACAUAUGCUCAAGGCUCUGCAAGCUUUGGCAAGCGACCCUAACAACGUAGUGUGGGUAAUUUCUGGGCGUGAUCAAAAGGUGUUGGAGGAAUGGUUGGGUGAAGUUGAGAACUUGGGCUUUAGUGCUGAGCAUGGUUCCUUUAUGAGACAGCCCCGUAGUAAGAAAUGGGUCAACCUGACCGAGUCCCUCGAUAUGAGUUGGAAGAAUGAUGUCAUUGAGAUUUUUACUUACUAUACCGAACGUACCCAAGGAUCAUUCAUUGAGCACAAGAGAUCAUCACUCACAUGGCACUACCGCAUGGCUGACCCUGAGUUUGGUGCAUUCCAGGCCAAAGAAUGCCAGAAUCAUCUUGAGAACGCUGUACUGUCCAAGCUCCCCGUGGAGAUCCUAGUUGGCAAGAAGAAUUUGGAAGUGCGUCCCACAAUUGUAAACAAGGGUGAGAUCGUCAAGCGUUUAUUAAAUCAGCAUCCUGAAGCUGAGUUCGUCCUGUGUGCCGGUGAUGACAAGACAGACGAGGAUAUGUUUAGAGCAUUGGCUGGUAGCGGAAAUAGUGGUGGUGGCAACAACCGUCGUGAAUCUCUCAAGAACAGAGCCAUCAUCGAGCCUUAUAACGAUGCGUUGGUCGCUGCAACGGCUGCCAAGAUUGCAGAAGCGACACGUCAACAAUCGCGAGAACUUGCUCCACCCAUUCCUCAUCGUCAGGACAGUUCAGGCCCCCAUGGCAUAGCAAAGGCUCCAAAUGGCGCGCAUUUGAGACCUCCAGCGCCUUUCACGACCAAAAUCAACAGUGCCAACAACGACAGCAAUGCUGCUACUACACCUAUUUCACCUUCAGGACCUGCGACACCAGGGUCAAUCACUAGUUUGACAUCAAUCAGCUCCCAGGGAUCGAACUCUAACCUGACCAAUGAACACUUUUCAAUCACGAUCGGCCAUGCCCUCAAAAAGACACUUGCUAACUGGCAUGUUACCAGUCCUGAAGAGCUGAUUCGUGUCCUUGGUAUCCUCUCCGGCACCAUCGAUGCAUAAAUAGAUGGCAAAGAAAAGAAAUAAAAAUGAUAAAAAAAUAUA